CACGUCCAAUCAUAACGGGGAGGAGGCGGGACAGCGCGCUGCGUACAUGGACGCCCCUUAAACAGAAAACAGCGGAAAAGUUUCCUGCUCGUGAAAGUGUCAGAAUGAACGGAACCGCUUAUUCCAACUUUGACAACCAGGAACACACGUUGAAGUUGGGGGAGACGUUCGAGAAGCACCCGAAGAGCGGCUACCACACGGUGCGGUAUGACUUCAAACCGGCCUCCAUCGAUACAACGUGUGAAGGCGAGCUGGAAGUGGGCAAAGGAGAGCAGGUCACCAUCACUUUACCCAAUCUAGAGGGUUCCAGCACUCCCGUAACGGUCUUCAAGGGGUCCAAGAGGCCGUACAUGAAGGAGUGCAUCCUCAUCGUGAACCACGACACCGGAGAGUACCGGCUGGAGAAGCUCAACAGCAACAUAGCCGUGAAGAAGACCAGGGCCGAGGGCAGCAGUAAGGUCCAGUCUCGCCUGGAGCAGCAGACCAGCCGCCUGAGCCAGCAGCUGAAGACCAGCACCACCAGCACCCCCCCCCCCACCACCAGCAACCCCUGCAGCAGCAGCAGUAACAAGACCUCCACGAGCUCCAAGAGCCCCCCCAAAGAGAAGGCCUCCCCUUUGUCCCCCAUGGACGACAUCGAGAGAGAGCUGAUGGCGGAGGCUCGAGUUAUGGACCAGCUGAGCAGCGGCGACAGCUCCUCCGACUCCAACAGCUCCUCGUCCUCCAGCAGCGAGGACAGCAGCAGCGACUCCGAGGACCAACGCGCUCCUUCUGCUGCUGCACCCGCCGCUCCUCCCCCGCCGGCCAAUCACAGCAUGCCCCUCAUCAGCAGCAGCGGCAACCCGGAGGGCGGCGCAGGACUCCUGAGCACGCUGAAGAACGACCUCCAGCUCAGCGAGUCCGGCAGCGAGAGCGACUGAACACGAGGAACCGGCUGCAUCUCGACACGAGCCGACCUCUCUGCAGAACCCAGUAGAACCCGGUAGAACCGCCUGCAUCUCCCGACCAGCUGCACCGUGGACCUCACGCCUGCCCCCAUGUGGUGCGUCAGUGGGGAAAGCGACCAAUGGGAGGCCGGCGUUGGGUUCGGGGUGCAUGUGCCUUCUCUCGCGUUAGUAAACCUUCUUUUCUUGAGUCUUAAUCGUUAUUGUAAAGGCUUCUUUUUGCUUUUGAUUUCUCAAACUCCGCUGCAGGAAGACAAGACGGAGUUUUUCAUUUAAGCUGCAUUCAUUUGAGUUAACACACACAAAGAAGCGGCGCUUUAGGUGGAACGAACCAGCUGAGCGUCAACGUCUGAGAUGUGUCCAGCUAAGCGCGUGUGAGCUUCUUCUACUGUGCACGGAGAACGUUCUAGGCUCCUAAAAGAACCCAUAUCAGUUUGAUUGAACCGUACAUCCUUUACCUUUCUGAAAGGAACUGAAGCUGUGAUCUCUCUGCUAACACACCAGACUCCAUUGAUAAAAGCAGAGAUUUAACCUUCUUCUCAAUCUGCGACUCAUUUUUGGUUAAUCCGAAUUAAUAAUUUAAGUCACAGGUACAAUGAUUCUUAUGUAGUAAGCGCUGUCCCCUCUAAGGCUGUGAUUAUUGAUUAUUGAUUAUCGCAGUGAAGAUCUCAUAUGUGACGUUUCAGUACAGGAGUGGCUCUGAUUCUGGUGAAGCAGCAUAUUGUAGCUUUAAACCUGCAAUACUUGAAUCAAAUUAUUUAUAUUUACAAAUAUACUCGCCCAAGGGUGAAUGGCUUAAUAAAUAAAAUAUGUGUAUAUAUGCACACCCAUCCCCAACUGGAAGUGCAGGUUGGUCGACUGAGACUAACCAGCUGCAUGUGGGAUCUUCUUCCUGUGCAGAGCUGAGUCAACGUGAUGACGCAGUUGACCGUUUUUUUUUAGGCUGAGAAAAAUAAAGGUUUUAAGGUUU